AUGACACCCUCCCUCGCUGGUAAGGACCCUACCACUUCGGUGGUUUCGUUGCCCCGUCAGCAGCAGCAGGAAUUCGUCGCGCGCCACCAUCGUGGACGUGGCGCCCACUACAAGCCGCACACCUUUACACUGGAUGUCCCCGUCACACAAGCUGAUGUGGCGCGCUGGGAGACACACUUCAAUGCAAGUGCGCCGCCGCCACCAGCUUCAAAUGCAGCGUUUAAUGGCGGCGGCUUCCUCGACGCGACGACGGUGCUCGCGAUGAAAGACGAGACGGAGCGGCUACAGGCGGUGCAUAAGCUUGCCCCAAUGAAGCCGUUUGACCCGCAGCGUGUCGCGCGCACACCUAUGACUAAAGUGCUAACGCACCGACGUAAGUGGCUGCCGUACCGACAGCGCCUGCCGGUAUAUCAGUGUCGCGGGCCACUCCUUGAUGCGCUGCUCAACAAGCAGGUUCUAGCACUCGUCGCACCCCCCGCUAGCGGUCGCACGCUUCAAUUGCCGCAGAUCAUAUCGGAGACGGAGGUUUUUAAAAACAAGCGGGUUAUUGUUGUCUGCCCAACAAGUUUAGCUGCGUGUCGUGUGGCGGAGCGGCUGCGCGAGGAACGUGGGGAAGAUGCUGCAUCCACAACGGUCGCUGUGUGCACCUCAAUCCAAUACGAUGUGUCGGAGGGGACACUUAUUGCGGUGACGACACCUGAGAUGCUUCUUCAUCAGCUGAUUUGUGAUCCUUUGCUGCUGCGUGUCGACUGCGUCAUAUUGAACGACAUAAAUCUGCGAACGCCCACAACAGAGUUGUGCAUGUCCUUUCUUCGCAAUAUCCUGCAGCUUCUAACAGAGGAGGGUGCUGUGGAGAAACGUGGUGGGGUGCUGCGUGUUGUCGUCGACUGCCUCGAGGAUGCCCUUGCAACCACCAUUUCUGAUUUCUUCGGUGAAGAAAAAACGGCACGUGUGAAUUUGCAGCAAGUCAUGCAUCAGGACCUCAAGACGACUGCAACGGAAGCGAACUACCUUCACAAUUUAUGGUCUCCUCCUUGUAUUCUGCAUCUUGAGGAGACGAUUCAGUGGCUAGCGAAGUGUGAUGAGGAGGGGAGUUCUCUCUGUCGCGACCCGGUAGAGGACCUUCGUCCCUAUGUGGAGAAUAUGAGUGUUGUGGCAAAGAUCAUGGCCGCUAAGGAUGCGGACUUCACAGUCGAUUCGAAAAUUAAAUCCUAUUGGUCCCCUAUCAUCAUACAAGCUGUUAAAGAGUACGAUCGAGCUGAAAGGAAGGAUUCCUCCGUGGUGGCAGAUGAGGAAUCACAGCAACGACAAAGGCCUUCGGUUAUGGUAAUUGUGCCAAAUGUACAAGUUGCCGAACUUGUCGCCGAUGCGUUUCACUGUUCAAACAAAGACUCUACAAUAAGCGAAGAAGAAUCCAAAAAGGCACAGUCACCUCUUUCGGUGCAUGUCUUACGCGACCAUGACACUCUGGUUGAGCUGAAUUCUCUAUUCAAAGAUAAUGAAACGGCGAGGAAUGGUGAACGUUUGGUACUGCUUGCCACACCGAUGAUGGCGCAGACAGGACUUCCACCCACACUUGAUGUGGGUUUGGUUGUGGACUGUGCGAGACAGUCUUAUUCCUCCUAUGAUGUCAACUCAUAUGUGGAUACGACUGUAAUGGAGUACAGCACUGUGCAGGAGCUGCGGUACCGCUGCAGAAUUGCCCGUGUUCGCUGUCUUGACGUUGGGGGAAAAAAUGAUGCUGCUCGGGCGCCAGCAUGCACUGUUAUACAGCUAAUUCCGAAGUCUGAUCUCCACAGCAUUCAGCACCGGCGUAUCAGCAGUGAUCCUGGGCACCACAACAUCUUUCAUAUGAGCUGGGACGGAUACGUGAAGUUGUAUCACAUACUUCAGGCUCGUGAAGAAGGUGUGCGCCAUCGAAGGUCUACUUCCACCUCGUCGGCCGCAGAAUCGACUCAUCUCUUAUCGUCAAUGGUGGCGCAGCUGAUCCCUUCUCAUUUUGUUGGCGUCUCAGCGGCGUCAAGUAGCCGCUACGAGCAGUUGUCUCGCACCUUUGCCGUUGUCGAGCAUCACCUCCAGCGAUUGGGACAUCUGGAGAAAUCGAAUGGGGAUGAGUACCUGCGGCUUUCGCCGCUCGGUAUGGCGUCGGCGUGCCUCCCGUGGCACCACGUGGUGGUGCGUCUUCUGCUACUCUCGCUAAUGAGUGACUGCCUUGUACUGGCGAGUCUUGUUGCGGCGAUGUGGAUGGUAGGUAGCUUAUUCUCCUCGGGUGAAGCAGACGCAGAAACGAGGCAGCUGAUGAAUGAGGCCCGAGUCUUCUUCUCCGGUGGUUCUGGUAGUGAUAUUAUGAGUGCAUUCUAUGCCUACCGCAUGUGGCUUUCGCUACGCGGAUCAUCAGAGGAAGAAGAAGCCUUUUUAGCUAAUAGCCAUAUUUCGAAAAAGGUCUUGUUGCAUAUUGAGCAGCAACAACUGGCGCUAAUUCGGGUACUUGAUGCUACUGCUAUCUCUGGUCCGUCCACUGUUAAGAACCAUUCCCGCAGCAAUGGUAAUGCGGGGUUAACAUCAACGGAUGCUGCGGACGUGGCAUCCGCCAUUCUUGAAAUCCCUGAGAAUGCUUUAUUGGAGGGGCACACUUUUUUACGGUGCAUUACUGCCGCUAUUUACCCUCAGUGUGCAGUCCCUCAUGAUGAUGGCACAGUCUCUUUGUUAGAGUUCAAAAAUAAUUUGGCGAAAGCGGUGACGGGAGGAGGUGGUAGUGGAGCUGCUCCUCGAUUAACCGUGGUGCCUGCUAUGUUCUCUGAGGAAUCCGUGAUGAACAGCGAGGAGGUGUGGCAGCAAUACUCAGAGAAGCCUUACCUGUACCUCUACCGAUCACGCAUUGCAGAAAAAAAUCUUUCCGUGCUUGAAGAGGCAACUCCACUCUGUAUGGAUGCGGCUGUUGUGUUUUGCGGUGAGAUGCUUGAGUGGUCAAAGCAGCCGUCGUAUCGCUGCCGUGGCUGGACAUCAAUCAUGACGAACGCAUGGCGGCAAACCAAACUUUCCCGUCGUCUUCCGCCACCCGCCCAAUUGCCAUCGGUCUCUAUUGCACUGAAGCCCUACGAUACUAUCCAAGUUGCACCGGUCGUUGUGCAAGUAGACGGUAUUUUCUUAUUCAGCAUGCGCACCACGACAGCAAGCUGGCUGCAGCAGAUGCGGGAACAAGUUCGGCGACGUCUUAAGGCAUUACUUUGUGACAAGUCGUGGCCUGUAAAUGAUGACGCCAUGUUUAUUAUACGAGAGGCGUGGGAUUGGUGGGCAAAGCGGGAGCGUGACGCCCAUGGUUGGCUGCGUGAGGAACGUGCUAUUCGUUUCAGUGCUACUACAGCAGCAGAAACUCAAAAAAAUGCCGAGUGUGCGCUAUGCCCGUACUAUCAGUACAGUGCAAACCCUGGGAAGCCUACCGCCGUUGAGCCUUCCAGGCGGCAACCCAACACUCAUGCCGUAUCUUCGCUGUCUGCAGGCGACGUCCCUGCCACCGCCAGUGUUCUUGAUGGGGGUGUAAAGCAGCCUAUGGCAUAUGUGGGAAAGAUGCCUGACCCUGUAAUGGAUAGAAACAUUCUCCAAAUUGCACAGAGUGUCGCCACGGCUCGUACACGUAAACAGGAAGCUAGAUUCUUGAAUUUAUACCCGGAUCUGUUCGCCUUCCUUCAUCCUGAACAUGAAUUACACGGUUACUAUCUGCAUGUUUUGCGUCGUGAAGCACCCGAUCUGGAGGUCCUCGGUGAUAAUUUAGAGGAGUUGGAGAAUUUCUUAAAGGACGUUGAGAAAGAAUUACAGAGUGAAAUCGGCAUUAGUAGUGUAAACCCUGUGGUAUCUACGGAGACGCAGCCCCAUGGCACUGAUUCCACAAUUGGAGUUGUGUCUGGCGAUGGACGGUACCAAUUCCAAGAGGUGAAUGCAGAGGAGUACAUGUCAUCAUACGGCAUGCAGGUGGAAACUGCAGCUGAGCACAAGGUCCGGCCACCAACGUUGUUCAAGACUCACGACACGCGGCUGCCAACGUCAUCAACAAGAGAUGCUGCGGGGGGUCCUCCGCCUGCUUCCUCCUUCUUCGCUCAACAAGGGGCUUCUGAUCCUCCUAAUAUAGCCGUUGCGGCCCCAACCCCUGCGGAGAGUUCGGCGCCGCUAAGGCCGCCCCCCGUAGAUUCCAAUGCUUCAAUUGGCAGCUUCACAUUUGAAAAAGGGGCGCAGUCGACUGGCCCUUCUUUUAAUUCAGGUCACGCAGGUGGGAGUGGCAGUGGUGGUGCACCGACUCUAUUUGAACGGCUCUUGGCAAUAAAAGAGGACGGUGCCGCACCGCCUCCGACUCAGCAACCUGCCGUGAUGAUGAGUGGAGCCAAUAUGCAGGAUACAAUAGCACAGCAGUCGAGUCAGGUAGCCUCCACAAUGGGCCAGGGUGUUUGGGCGACUACCAAUGCUACUCCAUCGGCACAGCCACUCACAUUUAAUCCAAAUACAUCACCUGAGAGCGUGCUGGGGGCGCCAUCGCAGCAGAUACCGACGCCUGGGGUAACAGCUUCGAUACCCCCACCUUCAACUCCUCCCGCCGCAGAGUUACUCGCGCUGAUGGGAAUCCUUCCUCCGGCACCUGCGGUUAAUCCACUCACAAAACCGCCACCACCGCUUCCAGCAGAAGCUAUUGCCAACCGCCCACCAUCAGUUCUCGUGUAUCCGGUGCCACCACGUGAAUAUGGAAACAUCCCUCUCAUUCUUGCCAAGGCCUUGGGAGAGACUAUGGGCGUGAAGGUAGGUCCCACACGCAUCGUUGGCAAUGUCGCCCGUAUUGAUGUGCGCAAUCAUAAAGUGGAGGCACGAGCGCUUGCGCUGAAGUCCUUUACCUGUGUCGGUAAGAAGGUGCAUAUAUUCAAGAACGAGCGUAUCAUCGAUCAUUUACCACAUAGUGGCAACAGGGAGGAAACUGGAAGACCCAGGUCACGUGACGAUGUGCCGCGUCACCUCCAAAGGGUGGACUACAGCCCUGAGAAUCAGGGAGAAAAGGAGGAGGGAGAAGAUGCAAGGAGUCUGCCAUACAAUGCACAGAAGGCUCCUGGCUACGCACAGAACCAGCGGCAGCCUCUGCAGGAUGUAGUGUCAUCAAUGCAACCACCGAAGAAGUCAAGUCAUGCUCCACAGAUCGGCCUUCUGACCGACUCCGAAGAUGAUGAUGAUGAUGAUGACGAGGAACUUUCUAGCAGCGCUGACUCUUGUUGA